CAACGUUGGUGUAUAAUUUAUAUGUGUGACUGAGUAAACAUGAAAUAAUAUAAAGUCCUACUUCACACUUACGCGGAUAGUUUGUGUGCAGAACUCAACGUUCAGUUAAUGUACAUCAGUUUGUAACAAGGUCUUCAGACACAAUUCGACGACGUAUUGAACGCCUGCUGAAGUUUCGAACGCUUAUAGCGUUUAAGAAUUAGAAAAAAGACAAAGCAGCUAUCAUUUUGACGAAUAAUGAUCAUCACAAUAUUAUUAACAUGCCUUUUUCUCGUGAUCAUGUAUUUUUGUGUCGCGCACUUUGGAAGAAAUGGACGACUUAUUAAUCAAAUACCAGGAUCUAUAUGUCUGCCUACUCUAAAUAAUCUACUAAUUUGUUGGUAUUCGCCAGAAAAAUUAUGGCUCUUUAUACUCGAUUAUCUGAAGAGCUUUUAUCCAAUUACUAAAUAUUGGGUUUUCACAAUUCCUAACGUAGUCAUUUAUCACCCGGACGACAUACAGAAAGUACUAAGCAGUAUGGAGCAUACUGUGAAAGGUUAUCAGUACAAACUUAUACAUCCUUGGUUAGGCGAUGGCCUUCUUACUAGUCAAGGAGUCAAGUGGCAUCAAAGACGAAAGAUACUAACGCCUGCGUUUCACUUCUCUAUACUGAAGAAAUUUGUCAAAACUUUGAUUGAAGAGGGUAAUCGCGCAGUGAAAUCUUUUAAUCCUGCAGAAGAGUCAAUUAUCGCAGACGUGAUGUUAUUUACCAGUCAUCAUACAUUAAAUGCAAUAUGUGAAACGUCUAUGGGUAUUUCUUUGAAUGACUCUGAUCAGUCUCAACAGUAUCGGCAGACCAUUCACCAUAUGGGUAAACUUAUAAUCAAUAGGUUUUUCAAGCCAUGGCUAUUCAUUGACACGAUAUUCAAUUUAACAUCUCAGAGCACCACACAAUCUAAAUAUUUGAAUAUCUUGCAUUCAUUUACUGAAAAAAUUAUUGCGAAUAGAAAACGUUAUCAUGAAGAAACCGGAGGACGAUAUUUGAAGUACUUUGAAAACAAUACAGAAACAGAAAAUGAAGAAGUGAUAGGGAUCAAAGAGAAACGAAUGGCCAUGUUGGACAUUUUGCUAGCAGAGUCUCGCAAUGGUAAUCUGAGUGAUUUAGAUAUCAGAGAAGAAAUCGACACUUUCGUGUUCGAGGGUUAUGACACCGUGGCAACAAGUUUAUGUUUUAGUCUCCUAUUAUUAGCUGAGCAUAAAGAUAUUCAGGAUCGUGUAAGAAAUGAAAUUAAUGAGGUGAUGCAGGAAAAUAAUGGGAAGCUUACGAUGAACGCGUUACAGAAUCUACCAUAUUUGGAGAGAUGCUUAAAAGAAUCAUUAAGAUUAUAUCCCAGCGUUAUUUUUAUAUCGCGCCUUUGCACUACUGAUUUAAAAUUACAAUCAUAUAUAAUACCAAAAGACACAACGAUGCAUCUUUUUAUCUAUUGUCUUCAUCACGAUCCCAACUUUUGGCCGGAUCCGGAGGUAUUUGAUCCAGACAGAUUUUUACCAGAGAAUAUACAGAAACGUCACCCUUAUUCCUAUAUACCGUUCAGCGCAGGGUUACGAAAUUGCAUAGGUCAACGAUUUGCCAUGUUGGAGUUGAAGGCUAUGAUAGCCAGCCUGGUGUACAAUUUUUACUUGGAACCCGUUGAUUAUUUGAAGGAUGUUUCAUUCAAGUUGGAUAUUGUAUUACGCACCUCACGUCCGAUCCGCAUGAAAGUUAUUCCAAUUAAACGGGAGUAGUCUAACGCGAGUACUAAUUCGGAGUAAAAAGCGUUUUGCGAAUGAAACAUUAUGCUAUUAAGAUAAGGUUGAUUAGAUUUUGCGGUGUUCAUUUGUCAUUAGUUUAUUUUGGUAUUCAUCGAAUAUUAUUAUAUGGGAAUAUUUUA